AUGACAGAGGUGGCGGUAGAGCAGCAGGUGGCGGUGUGGACUGACCUGGCUAGCCGCUGCCGCUGCCGCUGCCGCCUCUCGGCGGCUGUCUGCUCCAGCCAGAAGCCGCCGGGCCUGCAGAGGGCGGCCGCGUCCGCGGGCUCUUCGGCGCCGGAGGAGUCCGGCGAGGUGACGGUGGAGUACUACCGCGGCCUACCGCAGGUGACGGUGCCGCUACCGUCGCGGCGUGAGCGCUGCCGCUUCACGCUGCGGCCCGUCUCCAACACGGUGGGCGACUUCCUGGCCAUGCUGCGACACGAGGACCACGGCAUCGACCGCGUCGCCGUCUCCAGCCUCGAUGACGUCCGGAUAGCCUCGUCCAACACCAUAGAAGUGCUGAUGGAAAACGACUUCAAACUCAUCGUCAACGACAGCGUCUACGUGGUGAACACGCCCCGGCAGGAGAGACUAACCAAAGAAGAACUGCAGCGACUGUCAGAUGUCCGGAACUUGGUGAACCAGAUGUACGAAGCCCUGAACGUGGAGGAGCAUCAGCUGCACAAGGAGAGGGAGCUGUGCUCACAGCUCGAGGAGCUCAAGGUCGAGCUGGAACCAAUGGAGCAGAAGCGACAGGAACUGGAACAGAUAGCUUCCCGCCGAACUAACAUCUUGACGUGGGUUGGCCUUGGCCUUAUGUCGGUGCAGUUUGGCAUCCUGGCACGGCUCACCUGGUGGGAGUACUCCUGGGACAUCAUGGAGCCUGUCACUUACUUCGUGACCUACGGAACGGCUAUGGCUGCCUAUGCCUACUUUGUAUUGACCAGACAGGAGUACCUCCUUCCAGAUGUGAAGGACCGCCAGCACCUCAUCAUCCUGCACAAGCGUGCCCGAAAGAUAGGAUUGGAUCUGGGCCGCUACAACCAGCUCAAGGACAGCAUCGCUCAGCUGGAAGCGGACCUGCGCCGGCUGCGUGAUCCCCUGCAGCUGCACCUGCCCCCCCACCAUCUGUCGUCGGCACGGUCACGGCCGGGCGCCGGCGCAGAUGGCACCGAGCCGCGCUCUCCCCUCGAGCGUGCCCAGGCGCACAUACGUAGCCUCCUGCAGCGCGGCAGGAGCGCCACGAGGGGGUCCACGUAACCGCGUUCUGCUGUCUGUUCUCUAACGUUUUUCUACCAGAUACCUUUGCAGUUCGAACUGGCGUGUACAAAGUGGGGUUCCUGAGAUGGUCUUAUUCAAAUAUUAACCGACCCAAAAUUCUGAGUAUUCUGUGGUUUGUGAGAAAUAAUAUGUGCUCAAACUGAAGGUGUCUGUGAAGAAAAAUAAACACUAACUGUAGCUGCCGAGGGCCUAGCGAGUAUGUCGCAGCACGGACUGCUAGUAACCUUCCUCGCGCUCGAAAUUUUGUUGUCCACCCACACGGACGUUUGCCGCAUUGUACUUAGGAAACGAUUACUUAAUAUCGAACGUCGCUUCUCUGGGUUCUACCUAAAUCUUGAGAAUCUUUGUUUUGUAUCUAGAAUGUGACCUCGGUAGAGGUAACAAAUUUUGACAGUAGUGUCAGUUUUGUAUGCCCUUUAAAGAAACAUGCCUAACGGUCUGACAUUUCUCCAGUUUCUCUGCAUGAAGAAACUGAGAGAGCUGUUAUUAAAAUUGGGAUAUUUUGUAGGGAAACUUAACAUUUCUGCGCUCUGCUGAGUCAUUAAAAAGCCGGAAUAUAACUUUUGCAUAAUAGCUCUGUAUGAAAUGGUGUGUGGCAUCGAAUUAAUGUGUUCCAAUUUCGAGCGAAUGUCAGGUUAAAGUAUUGUAAUUGUUAUGUAACUGUAUUGUGCUUUCAAUUUAAAAAGCAGAUCGUCGAGUUUCGAAGACUGGUCUAAUUGAAUGGAUGUGCCUCGAGUGAAGUCUAUAGAGAGUCGAGAUGCACGUGCGAAUUACUUUCGUGGAGAAGCUGUAGAUUCUAGUGUGUAAAACGGUAAACCAGUUUCCUCGUCGCUGUCAGGAAUAGACUGGUUCUUCUUGCCCGAAGACAAGUUUCUUUAUUUCAUUUUAAAUUGCCAGAACUAGUUCCGUUCUUUCAGCUAAAAUAUUACUGAAAGACCUAUUAUCUACAGUUACCAGACAGGCUAAGAUGAUUAUAGAUACAGAUUACAGUGCAACCUUUUUUACUCUUGUUGUUAGCUUUAUUGUACUGUGGUUAUGUCAACAUGGUGCUUCCUACAAAGCAGCCAAAUGUACAAUUAAAAUAAGGUAAUUUGUGGAGAUGUAGUUACUUGAAUAUUGGUUGGAGAUUGUAUAGUGGCUGUUCAGUUGGUAACAUACUGAGUGCUAAGACUGUGAUGAAAUAUUGUGUUGCUAAGCUCUGCUAUCUCCAACUUUUGAGAGAGAAUAUAUUUUCUGAUUUUUAGUAUAUGGCUGCACUUGGUUACCAGAAGUAAUAAGCUGUGUGAAAUGUACUCAUUUCAAGCAUUAUGUUUUGUAUAAUUUCACAUGGAAGGCAGGUGUUGAUUGUAAUAAUGGUUUGGCAGGUGAAACUGAGGUAGCUAGAGUAGUUCAAUAGCACCAGACAGCUGCUCUUGUGCAUUCGUCAUUAUGUCCUGUUACUGCAGAAUGAUUCUGUGACGUAUUCAUCUCUUUACAUAUACAUUCAAAUUCUUAUACAAAUUAAAGCUGAUGUCCAAGACAGCAAGUUAUAAUCGGAACUUGGCAUAUGAGGUCCUAAUAUCAUUCAUGUCCGGAUUGGGUGACCUAUUCCUGUUCUAAUUGAAACUACUUUUAUUUAGAUUUGCAUGCUUCAUCGCAUUUCCAGAAUGUAAGUUGCUAAAAUAGAAGCCUACCAAGCGAUCAAGUUUUAUGUAGCCCGGCAUCAAGAAAGAUGUUCAUUACAGGACUGAGUGCAGAGAGAAAUAUUUCACACAGUUAUUUUUCUAUAUACUGCAACAUUGCUAGAGAAAAUCACUUACAUAAGAUUUCUGCCAGCCAGUGUUCCCCCUUUUUUGCUUCAAUUUCCUCAGCCUGUUGCUGGUCCACCUCACAAACAGAUACGUACUGAAACUGUAAAACUGCAAAAUAUUAGUGACCGGUUUCUGAUAUUUAAUCAUAAGUUAUACAAUAUAAAGAAAGGGAAUGAAAUUAUGUCUUUUGUACUGUUACAACUGUCUUCAAUCAAAAUCUGCCUACAGCACAACAUAUUUCCUCAGCUGUACAUUCCUAACAAGGUAACCAAUGUGACACCGUUGUUAUGUAGUAAACAAGCAGAGCAGUACAUAUCACAAGCAUUGCAGCAGAGUAGUAGAGUUGAAUUCGCUGCAGUACAUUUAGAUGCCUUAUGUAGUCGCCAUAAUGCUACUUAUUGCUGUAGCUAAUAAAGUGCUUUGUAAAAAUUAAUAUUUAACUGGUUGCACAAAUUGUGUGUGCUUUGUUUUCCAUCACAAGCCUUAAUCAUACAAGAAUGUAAAUUUAGUUUUUUAAUUUGUUGCACCUGAUGAAUUUCCUACUUUCAUCCUUUGUGUAAGUUUGAUAUGUAAUUUUGGGUAGGAACAUGGUUGAAUAGGUAUCUGAGGUCCUGAUUAUGUAUCUUUGUAUGAAGAGCUAUCAGCAUAAAAAAAUCUUCCUUUUACAUAUUUUUAAACUUGUACAAAAUGUGAGUCAUCUGUGAGCAUGUGGAAUGUACAUUUAAGUGUAAGAUACUUUUGUAUCAGUGUAUUCACAGCUAUUAAUAUGAAUUGUAGAAAAGGGAGGAAAGUGCAGAUUUUUGCAGUACUGAAUGAGUUGAACUGUUGCUUCUGAACACUGAAAAUUAGACAAUCAGUAGCUGUAACAAAUUUGAUAUUUCACCAAAGCAGAGACCCUCGUAUCGAAACCUUUUUUCAAUGGAUUUACAAUUUAGAUGGCACAGAGAAACUGGCUGCAUUGUACAUAAUCAGGCCCCUAAUACUACUCUUUGUAAUACAGAGCUAUUGAAAUGAAGUUUUAUUUCUUUUCCUAGUUUGUAAUUUGUACUAACAUAUAAAUUAAUUUUAAUCUGCUUAUUAAUUUGUAAUUUUGAGUUUAGUGCUUUUACUUGCAAUCUAAGUUUCUAUAGUUAUAUAACAAGCAUUUAUACAUUUAAUAAACAUAUAUUAACAAAAAGUCAACCUAAGAGUUUCCUUAAAACAAAAUCUUUUGAAAUUCUCAUUCAGUAAUAAAGAGGAGCAAGUGAUCUCUCAGUGAAGCAUUAUCUAUAUUAGCCAAUAGAGUAUUUUGCUAAUUGAUUUAAAAAAUAAUAAAACCAGCCAACUAACUGCAUGCAAAAGCUAGUGCCAAGAUUUUAAAUUAAGAUUUCUAAAACAUAAAACAUGGUAUGUCUAAAUUUGCUAUUUAGCAUGUUGUAGCUAUUCUGAAAAUAUUUGUAAAAACAAUUUUAAAACUACAAGAAAAGUCACUAAACUAUGUAAAAUGCAUUCAACUUUCUUCAAAAUGGUUAUUUUCUUCCCUUCUUCAAAUGCACAAAUUGUUAAUAUAUCUUAUGAAUUACAAAAUGGAUUCCUGUACACUCAGGUUUGUUAAGUGUACAUGGAAAAGAGCAAAGCAGUAGGUAGCUUUGUGAUAAAUCGCAGUUUUUUUUAAAAAAAAAUUCAUAUACAUUAAUAUCUAUUUUAUCUAAUGCUUAUUUCUUAUAGCAUUAGAAUGUGUGUGUGUCAUACAUUGUGUAAAAUUAAUGCAGACUGAUUAAAUUGUGGAAGAAAUAAAAUGAAACUGCCAUACUGGAAUAAUGUAACUUCUUAAUUGUUGAAGAGUUAAUAUUAAUUCUUGUCAUUCACUUUCUGGUUUUUAUUUUGAUCAAUUGGUUUAGGUUUCACUGUUACAUCUGAUCUCAUUUUAAUUUGACAGUAACAAUAUAUGACAUUAAAGCAGUUCAUAUAACCUCAUUUUCAUAAAAGGUGUUGUUACAAUACCAAGAAAAUCAAAGGAAAGGUGACUCAAACUGAUACCUUAUCUUUAGGUCAAUUCUCAGGCACAAUGAAUGUUGACUACUUGAGUAGUCUGUGCCUUAUUAAUUGCUUACAGUUGAGGCUUUCAUCAAUACUGUUGCUUUAGCCUACAUAAACACUAAAUUACAUUUGUCUUUAUAAUAUAUCUUGUCUUACAGAAAGUGCAUCGUUACCCUUUUCUACAAGAUGAAAUUGCAAAGAAACCAAAGUGUCAGGGGCACAAUGCACUGAACUUUUCACUACUGGUUUACAUUUAAACAUUGUUCGAUUUUUCUGUUAGAUAACCUCCUAUAUUCCUGUUAUCAUAUAGCUUAAUUAUGUACUAAAUUAUGGUACAUCCUCUUUGUUUCUGCCAUCAACUGCUAAGGACAACACAUCCACGUGGAAACCUGCAUGAUACUGUAAUGGUCACAAAGUGGCAGAAGAUACAUUCAGUUUUGUUUGACAAUGUCACUUGAAAAUAAACCUUUGAAGAAUUGUGUGUUCAUAAAAUCCAGUUCAACUUCCACAUUCAUGUUAAUGAGAUAUAAAUAAAAUCUGUUACACAUAAGUAAAUAUUCCACCAGAUAACAUCCUAUACCACUAUAAUAGAUUGUGCACCCCAAACCCACAUGGAACAGAAGAUGCAUAAUUAUAAAAUCUGCUGGCUAAGACUGUGCACGUACAUGUUGGCUUCACUCAAUGCUACAUUUAGGCUGUUGAAAGAUAAUUCCACACAACAUGUAACUUAGAAAUUGUUUCAGUUUAAUAAAGAGAAUACCAAACAGUUUGCCAUUAUAACUGGUUGACCAGCUGCUAUGAUGCUGAGUUGCCAUAUCUUGAAUGUGUUAUCCUGUUGCACUUCCAUCUGAAUAAGAUUUUUCUCAUAAUGAGUAACUGCUUGCUUACAGUAAAACACACUUGUGUAGUCCUUAUCUUAUCAGAAAUUCUCCUUUCAUUGUAAUAUGAGUAAUAUAAUGUUUGAUACAAAUUGCACAUUAAAAUUCAAAGUGGCAGACCCUACAUUUAACUGCUACAUUAUCAUAAUGACCAGUUGUUGAAUGAAUAUGUGCACUGAAGGCAGUGUCUUUCUUUCUGUCUGACCCAUCUACCCCCCACCCCUCCCCCACACUUCCCUCCCCCCUCCCCCCUUCUCUCUCUCUUAUUGUCAAAACAGCAUAAAAAUUGCAACAUUAAAAGUAUUUUGCAAAUUUCUUAACAAAUGUAAACAAUGUUGUGGAAUGUUUAGAUAUUACUUUGAAGAUGUAUUUUUCUUUUAUUUAAUUAUUGAAAUUGUCCACAGUUAAUUUGUUAAACCAAAAGUUUAAUUGACUCUCACAGUGCAGUCAGUAGACAGAUAAGCCCACCUCUCACAAUGAUGUGCAGGUGCUGUAUUACAAAACUUGGUGCAGUCAGAAUACAGACAUAUUUACACAGCUCUUUUAGGAAGCACACUUUGCAAAAAAUGAAAGAAAAAAGGAAAAAAAUAAAGCUUUUUACAUCACUACUCUCCUUUGGAAAUUACACCUUCCUCCCAAUAUUUAGUCACGUUUUCUGUACGACAUUGCGGAUGUUUCCACAGGUCUGACAGGGUAUAAAACUGUGCAGGUGAAAAUUUCAUAUUUUUACCGACAAAGUCUCAACUUGUAUUUUUUAUUUUCAUUUUAUUAAUUUGAUGCACAAGUUCAGUGUAACUCAUUGUGUACUAUGUAUUUGUAAAAUAUAGUUCUGACAUUCUGUAACUGUGUUCGUUUCUCAGGUUAGCUGAAGACAAAUAUAAACUUUCUUUAUUGCUGUUCCAGGUAUCUUAUUAAUGUGUUACAGAAGCAAAACUGUAUGUUUGUGCAAUAUAUCUUUUGCAUGUUUUUCCUGAUCCCACAGAUUUGCAAAAUAUUUUGUAAAUAGAGAGACUGGAAGUUCCUUUUAUACAUUACUAAAUUUACAGUUGGAUAUACUAGUGAUUGUUCAAUGAGCUUAUAUAACUGUAAAAACCAAUUAGUUUUAGAAAUUUUGUACAUUUAUGUAAAAGUAAUUUCAUGAUUCUGAGGUUGACACAACAUUAAUAUUUUACUAAAAGGUUAUGUGUUUGAGCAGAAUUUCUUUCCAUUAUAAAAAGGAACAGCAUAUGUGAGGUCUGACAAUUCUUUCAGUUAUUAUUUUAAGUACAGGUUAUGUCAACAUUUCUUUUGAUCUGUGCACAUAAUUUUAAAAAUUAAUUGAAAUGAACAAUAAAUAGUAAAGGAAUAAAAGUGAGACAAGAGUACACAAGAACAUGGGUACACUGGAAGAAUGUUUGUUCAUAACUCUGUAAAGCAAAUGGUAAUGAAAUAAAAUAAAGAGCUGUGUUACAAAUAAA